AUGUCUGCCAUAGCGACCAAUGGGAAGGUCCCAGCUGGUGGCUCCUACUUUAUGAUCUCGAGGUCUAUUGGACCGGAGUUUGGCGGGGCCGUCGGUAUCCUCUUCUAUCUUCGAACUUCCAUGGCAGCUGCAAUGUACCUCGUCGGCUCAGUUGAAGUCUUCCUGGGGUGGUGGGAUCUGAUGUUUGUGGAGCGUGGCGUGAAGUUCGUGGAAGGUACUGCUGAGUGA